AUGGACAAUUCCAACCAUGAUAGCAGCUAUCUCCUGCUUCGCAAGGAUAUCUUGAACUUCCAGAUGGAUAUGUUCAAACAGAUGCAAGAGAUGAAAUACGAGUUAGCAACUAUUAAACAUCAAUUAAGCAUGAGUACUACUUUUGAAGAUCCGAAACUGGACCUUGAGAACCGGCUCAAAAGUUUGGAAAACAAGGUGUUGAACAACGACAAUACCCCUCAAUUGCCUGAGGUUGAUAAAUUCGAUAAAUACUUUUCUGAGUUGAAGGAGCUUUUCAAUGAGCAUGCAGAUACUAGCAAAAGGACCCCAAUAAGACGAGCAGGGGCCAUUUUCCAGUCAUUACUUGCAAAAUAUAAACGAUUAUACAGGCUCAUUUGUUUCAUUAAUGGGACGCUCUUCAUUUUGCUUUUUCUCAUGGCACUUUAUUUCCCAAUGAGUUUGCGAGGGUUCUUGAUGGCAUUUAGCUUGAUUUCCAUUGGGGUUUAUUUCAUUCCCAUAAAGAACCCACCAGUGAUCUAA